AAAUGAAAACUGCAAAAAUAAAAGGAGAGAGAGACAGAGAGAGAACGGCAAUCCGUUUGCGUAACCACAAGCACCGAGAUAUGUAUGCAUGUGUGUAAUGCGUGUGAUUUGGAUUGAAUAAAUUUUGGGUUUUGGGCACUCUCUCCCACUCUCAUCCAUCCUCCUUCCAUUUCUUCAUAAUAUUUUGAUCCUCCAUCUUCUUCCAAACCACAGUAACUCCACUCUUUAAUUUAUCCGGUUUCGAUCUUUCAGAUCUUCCUCUCCCUUUUACUCUUCCAAAUUUUACUUCUUGAUCCUUUAUCUUUCUGGGUUCUGCGUUUCACUCCUUCUGGGAAGCUUAAGCAUCAUCUCCCAGAAGAUUCCAAACGAUCGGUUAUCGAAAAAGCAGUGCAUUCUUGAGUUGGCAUGUGAUUGCAGGAUCUGGGCAAGCACCGAUUUUGCUUGAGACUGAAUCAAAGAGGAUUUGGAUAUUGAGGUUGAUUCUUGCUGUUUAAGUUACCAACCUUCGCCUAAAGAAAACAUUUGAGGUAGUUACUUUGUCUUAUACAAUGUUGGGAGGCAACAAUAGUAACCCCAUGCUUCCUGUUUUCGUGGAUGAAAAUCGAUUCCCAUAUCCGACAAAUGCUUCAAGUCAACUUCAGCUGUUUGGAAAUGUUCCUACCUUGCAACUCAGUCUUUAUUCAGCAUCAACUUUUUCCUUUCUGGAAUUGUCUUUAAGAUGGAAUUUCAACUGAUGUUGCAGUACAAGCUGGAUGUAACGUUGAUCCUGUAAAUUAUUUUGGCACUGAGCAUAUCACUCCCAUGCUUCGGCCCAAUAAACGAAACAGGGAAAUGGAAGAUAUCUCAAGACAGAAGAAGCUUCAGAUUUCUUUGAACUAUAAUGUCUGUCCAGAUGAAGCCGAUCGUUCAGCUAGCAUUCCAAACCCAAAUGCUGUAUCAACGGGGUUAAGGCUAUCAUAUGAUGACGAUGAGCGCAACUCAUCAGUUACUUCUGCGAGUGGAAGUAUGACAGCUGCACCUUCAAUGAUCCUAUCCCUAGGUGACAAUAUUAGGACUGAGCUGGAUCGACAGAAGGAAGAGUUUGAUCAAUACAUCAAAAUUCAGGAGGAACACUUGGCAAAGGGGGCAAGGGACAUGAAGCAGAGACAUACGGCUUCUUUCCUUGCUGCCAUAGAGAAAGGUGUCAGCAAAAAGAUGCGCGAGAAAGACUUGGAAAUUGAGAACGUGAACCGUAAGAAUCAAGAAUUGGUUGAUAGAAUAAAACAGGUGGCUGUCGAAGCGCAAAAUUGGCACUACAGAGCAAAGUACAAUGAGUCGGUUGUUAAUGCCCUGAAGAGCAACCUCCAGCAAGCAAUUUCGCAGGGUGCGGACCAAGGGAAGGAAGGAUUUGGAGACAGCGAAGUUGACGAUGCUGCCUCCUACAUCGAUCCAAAUAACUACCUGACUAUCCCAGUUGGACCAGCGAAAUCUGUGCCGAAGAAUUACCUAGGGUUGAAGGAGCAAACGGGUUCGAGAGCGUGUAGAGCAUGCAAAGCGAAGGAGGUGUCAAUCUUGUUGAUGCCUUGUAGGCACCUGUGUUUAUGCAAGGACUGUGAUGGUUUUGUCAAUGUUUGCCCUGUAUGUGAGUCAAUGAAAACUGCUAGCUUCCAAGUGUACUUGUCCUAAAUUAUGAAGCAACUUAAAAAAUUAUGUGAUGCACUGUUGAUAAUGUGUGAUUUUGUUCUUUGAAAUCAAAAUUUGUAUGGAGAGGUUCUAGUUGUCUUUAUAAAAUGAGUUAUAGGCUUUUGCUUUA